GCCAUCUACCGCGAGAGGACCGCGGAGCUGCGCGACGUCCGCAGCGAGGUGGAGCACGUCCAGCGCCUGCUGGAGCAGAGCAAGGUGCGGAUGCAGAAGGAGUUCCAGACCUGGUUCUCGCAGCUUCGCAGCCAGGCCUCCAUGGCCGUGCUCGACGACGAGACCAAGAGGGAGCUUUACGCGCGCGUGUCCAACCCUGGCGGCGCG